AUGGCAAACAGAACAACAUGCCAGCCAGUUCCAGAUGACCACAAUUGCUUGGCACUAGGCACCCAGUUUAAUGCCUGAGCCCUGGCGAGAUGUUUUUUUAGAUAUCACUGAGCUGACAGGGACACUGGAUGCGGGGGUCCAUGUUCUUCAGAUCUGCAGGCUCAUACGUGACAAAGAGAAGAUGAUGAGACAUUGUCCAGGUGACCAGCCAAGUGGUAAAGUUAACAAGGAGCACACUGCCAGUUGCAGGCAGCCUACUUCUAUUUUACCCAUCAGUGAUGGCAAAGACAGCCUUCUGCCCACUAUUCCUAUGCACAGAUGUGGGCGGCACAGCAAGGAGCUGAAGACAGAGCAGCAGCAGAUGAGGAAGAAAAUUAACAGCAGGGAGAGGAAGAGGAUGCAAGACCUGAACCUAGCCAUGGAUGCACUAAGAGAGGUCAUUGUACCCUACUCGGUGACCCACUGCCAGAGCUCCCCUGGGCGGAAGCUGUCCAAGAUCGCCACGCUCUUGCUGGCCAGGAAUUACAUCUUGUUGCUUGGAAGUUCUCUCCAAGAAUUACGGAGAAUCAUUGGGGACAUGAGUGGCCCUGGACCCAGGUUGCUGCUAGCAGGCCUGCCACUGUUUGCUGCCCCGGGGUCAGUGUUCUUUGCGCCAGGUGCUGGUAACAACGGAGACCCCCAACAUUCCAACAAGCUCCACUCCCUGUCUCUGGAGGAGCAGCAGUGCUCAGCCUUUAACGUGCCCGGAGGGACAAACCUUUGUGCCUGCGCUGUCUGCAGGUUCGCCCACUUCAUUCCCACCAGCCUCAACAUCAAAGCCGUGCAGUUAUCCAAGUGAAUGGAAAUGGACUGAGCAAGAGGAUGGCAUUAUGGAAGUACAGUGAUGCAGCCCAUAAACGUCACGGAUAGAUGUGUGUUUUUUUAGUGGAAAUCAUAAUGUGACAAUUUAUUGGCGUUAUGGACAAUAAACUCUGAUCAGACUGGCAGCAGUUUAAUAACAAGUGUGACGGUUGUGGCGUAUGUGCGUGGCAGCUCCUGUCCACGUGUCCAGUGUGGCCACCGCUUAGACCAUCGGAAGAACGCUGACGCCAAGAUGGUUAAUGAAGAGAAUAUUCUCAGCGUCUUCCAAUGGUUAAUAGAGAAACAGUGACCCAUACAUAUGUCAUAGGACUGUUGGCACCAAAGCGCUCAAUUUAAUUUUUAUAAAAUGCAUACAGUAGACAUGCGGAUAAGUUACCCAUAGCAACCAAUCAGAUUUUACUGUAGCUACCAUUUUAUACAAUGUACUUGAUAGAGAGAGAUUGUAUAGCGAUAGAUAGAUAGAUAGAUAGAUAGAUAGAUAGAUAGAUAGAUAGAUAGAUAGAUAGAUAGAUAGAUAGAUAGAUAUUACUGUAUAUGCUUGCGAGCAGGGCCCUCAUACUUCUCUUUCUCUGGGGCAUAUGUACUAAACCUUGGAGAUUGAUAAAGUGGAGAGAGAUAAAGUACCAGCCAACCAGUUCCUAGCUGUCAUUUUCCAAACACAGCCUGUAACAUGACAGUUAGGGGCUGAUUGGCUGUUACUUUAUCUCUCCCCACUUUAUCUCUCUACAAGGCUUAAUACAGGCAUGUCCAAACUGCGUCCCUCCAGCUGUUGAGAAACUACACAUCCCAGCAUGCCCUGACACAGCUUUAUCAUUCUCUGACAGCAAAACUGUGUCAGGGCAUGCUGGGAUAUGUAGUUUCACAACAGCUGGAGGGACGCAGUUUGGACAUGCCUGGCUUAAUACAUCUCCUCUGUUGUUGUAGUAAUAACUAAAUAAAUACAUUAAUAAAUAAUAGCUAGAAUCUGGUUACUUCUCCACUUGCCCUGUUAAGAAGAUUUAAUGUUCUACUUUUAUGUUAAUGAGAAGCAAGACUGCAAAGUAAUUUAUGUUUGUUUCAAUACUACAAAGAAAUGGUUCAAUGGAGCUACAUUGCCCGACUGUGAACGAAACCAACCUCAUCUUUACUGUCUGGCUGAUCCGGAUAUCUGUGUGCUCAAAUAAUGCCUGGAAGUGAAUACUGACUGAAAAUUCCUGUUUUACUUCUAGUUGCAAAUGGCUGCAGCACUGUUUAUAAAGCAGUUUUCCGCCUACAGGUGGUUAUAAGCUUUUGGCUUGUUGAUACCAACCUGCAACUUUUAAUAAAUAUGCUGCAUUGCCUGCCUCUGCUUUUCAGCUAUAUAUUUAUAUCAUCAGGGAAUGUUGCUUUUUUAAAACAACUGUGUAAAAUGUAGAGAGCGGAGUAGGGCCAUUCUGCAACAAAGAGCUUUCAAUAUCUACUUAAUGAUACGAAAACAUGACUGAAAUGCACAGAAUAAGACGCCAAUGAAAUAAACAGAUUAUUUAGUAAUUUUAGUUGCGCUAUGUGGCAUAUAAGGUUGCAAAUGGUAGAUGCAAAUACAGUCUUCACCUCAUCUUUCUUUAUCUUAUUUGGAAAUGCCCAAUACAUUGUGUAAUAGAAAUCUAUAAAUACUUUUAGAACUUUUCUUUGAACAUCUUGCAGAAGUCCCACGCUUUCUAAUCACAUUACUAUAUAUAGCCAAUAUAGAGUAGCUGACUGCACGGAACUGCUGUUUCAGAAAAGCUUAGUACAAUAUAAUUAUAAACCCAAAAUAUAACAUUUUAUAUACUGAUGCGUUACAUGGAAAACUGCUUGUUGUCUUUAUUUGUUUACAUAAAGGUCUUAGAUAAAAGUAAAUAAAUCAAAUUAAAAUAAAUACAAAUUAGUUUGAAUGGAUUGAACUUGGUAUAACAUAAAACAGUGUAAUGUAACAUAUAGAUGUAUUUACAGAUG